GGCAGGUUUACGUCACCGCUCAGGGGGCGUGGUUUGCGCCGAAGCGUGCUUUUCGGUCUUCCUUAUUCGUAUCUCAAAGAAUAAACUAUGCGCGCUUAUGAACUUGAAGAGCCAUGCGUUAUAUCGCCGUCAUCGUUUGCUGCCUGUGUGACUGGGGAAGCUUUACCAAGAUCCCUUCAAUGAGUCAUGUAGAGCGGUAUGAUGUAGUGAGACCUCAGCGACUCAGUGAGAGCAAGAAGAGCACGAAACAGGCUUUGGAAUCAAACAAUCAUGAAAAGCAUCCAGAGAAACUUCUUUUUCAGCUGUUCUUUAAUGGAAAAAAUCAUACAGUUCACUUGCAAAAGAACAGACUUCUCAUUGGACGUAAUUACACUGAAAUACACUAUGAACCAGAUGGAUCGACUGUGAUCACAUCUCCAAAGCUUGAGGAUCACUGUUAUUAUCACGGCCAUAUUGAUGGAAUGGAGGAUUCAUCAGUGAGUGUUGGAGUCUGCUCUGGCAUAAGAGGUUUUGUGAGGGCUAAGGAGCAGAUGUAUCUGAUCGAGCCCUUAAGUAAUAGCACCGAAGGAGACCACGCCUUCUAUAAGCAGGAAUACCUGAGGAGGAAGAGGAGUGCUUAUGGAGACUCUGGUAUCAUAGAACACCGAACAGGAGCCAUAUUCAAACGCAGCAAUUGGAAGAUGAAGACGGUAUUUAAGACUCAGAGAUAUGUGGAGCUGUUCCUUGUAGCUGACAAUACUGAAUACAAAAGAUUCAAGUCAAAUGUACGAGCAAGGAUGUUGGAAGCCAUUAAUCAUGUUGAUAAGUUCUAUCAUCGACACAAUAUCCGUGUGCUGCUGGUAGGUUUGGAGGUGUGGAAUGUAGAAGAUCAGAUCCUGGUCAGUGCGAAUGAUAGCAUCACGCUCACAAGAUUUAUUCAGUGGCGUCAGAAGCGACUUCCCAAUAUGGUCAAGCACGACAAUGCACAACUUGUAACCGGUAUUGAUUUUUUUGACAAGACAGUGGGGCUGGCAAACAAAUUUGCAAUGUGCACUAAAGCCUCUGGAGGAGUAAAUCAGGAUCAUAGCAUGAGUCUGCUGGGCUUGGCUGCGACCAUCGCACACGAGAUGGGCCACAACAUGGGUAUGUCGCAUGAUGAGAGGGGCUGCACUUGUGGCCUUUCUGACUGCAUCAUGACAGAAGUUGUGAACUCAGAUGCCUCAGUCUUCCCAGAGCUGUUCAGUGAUUGCAGUCUGGAUCAGCUGAGUAAAUUUCUGGAGAAUGUCAACCCCAGCUGCCUGCUGGACCGCCCCAGCUCAGACAAAAUUUAUGGUGGACCUGUCUGUGGCAACGCUUUCCUCGACCCUGGGGAGGAAUGUGACUGCGGGACAGUAGAAGAGUGUAACAACGCAUGCUGCAAUGCCAAAACCUGCAAAUUUACAGAAGGAUCUCGGUGUGCACAGGGAGAGUGCUGUGAAAACUGUCAGAUAAAAGCAGCUGGCAGUGUGUGUAGAGCAUCUGUGAAUGAGUGUGAUCUGGAUGAGUACUGCACAGGAAGGUCAGAAAAGUGUCCAGAUGACAGCUUUAAAAUGAAUGGGAUACCUUGCAGUUAUGGAGACAGUUACUGUUACAACGGGCAGUGUCCAACUCUUCUCCAGCACUGCCAGAGGCUGUGGGGAAAAGAUGCCAAAGUGGCUGAAGGUGUGUGCUUUUUUAGGAAUACAUUUGGGGAAUAUGAUUCCAACUGCGGAAAGAGCAAAGAUGGAUACAAACGCUGUGCAGAACAAGAUAUGUACUGUGGAAAUAUAUUUUGCACUGGGGGUAAUAACUCUCCCAUUACUGGACUCAAAGCUCGAUUGAUGACGAAGACUGGAGCCAUAUGCAACUUAGCCGGGGAAAGAUCUGAGGAAGAGAACCUAAGCAUGGUGCCUACAGGAACAAAAUGUGGCCAGAACAAAGUCUGCUUUGACAACAUGUGCCAGGAUGUGAAAGUGUAUGGUGUGAGUGAAGACUGCUCACAGAAAUGUAGCGGACAUGGGGUUUGUGAUCAUCGACAACAGUGUCACUGUGAGCCUGGAUGGGCUCCACCACACUGCAAUGUCAAAUAUGCAGACCUGCCUUCAGUAAACAAUACGACAAUCAUCAGCAUCUCAGUUGUAGCUGGAGUCUUACUACUGCUGGCAGCUGGAUUUGGAAGCUGGAUUUAUUGUAAAAAGAAAAAGGGCACUGUCUCCAGGCGUAAAAGAAAAGCUGACCCAGAACACUCAAAUCCUCUUUUUGAGAAUCGUGGAGCAAAACCAGUGCUUUUAAAGGAUCGUCUUGAAAUCAGCGAGCCUACUUUUAUAAGUACGACCAUGACCAAGUCUGGUGUCUUACACACAGUCAUGCCGGUGCGGACAGCACCACAACCUCCUCAUAAAAAUUCGGACCCAGGGCCACCUCAGACAGCUUCACCCAGUUUACCCACACAGAUGAAGCCUGUGCCCCUUUUAAAGCCUCAACGUCCUGCUGAUGUGAAACAGGUGAGCAGACCGCCCCGUCCUCCUGUGGCUCCAACCCUAGGCUCUGUAUCCUAGAAAAAAUAAAUCUAUAAUGACAUCUGCAAUACCGAGAGAAUUACUACUGUCUGGUUUAAAAAGCAUUCCGAAUGUAGACAUAAUUUAAUGUCAUGGGAAACAAAUGACCCAUGUUGUACAUCCUAAUGUGAAUUAUAGACUGUGCAUUAUUCCUGAAUGCUUUUAUACUGUCUUUUGGUCAUCAGUUCUUUAAACUGACUGUUGAAUUAAAAGCAGUAUGUUUUAAAGACUGAAAGAAAGGAAGUGAACAAUGCACAGAAGCCUCUGACCGCUUCAAGGUGAUGACUAGGAAAGGAAUCAUCACGUAGAUAAAUAAUGGAUUUUCAGUCUGUUGGGUGAACUGUAUGCGUGACUAAGUACACAUCUGCACAGUGGUGACACAUCAGAACUGUGUCUCUCUGCGGUCGUGUCCAUUUUCUGUGCUUGUCCUUCAGUGUGCACAGGAACGUAACCCUGUAUUACGCUGGGCAUAAGUUUGUCAUACUCAAGUGAACUUAAAUUUUAUGUAUAUUACAAAUAUGCUUUUAAAAAUCCGUCCUCCAUAUUGUAAUGGAAUGACUGUCUUUAUAGCCAGGGAUCCACUGUCAAGACCAAACGUGUACUUUUAUUUUUAAGUAUUAAGUAUUUAGACACAGGAGUAUAAAACAUACAGUAUUUUUAUAUUUAUAUAAAGCACUGAAAGCGUUUCUAUGAUUGCAAAGUCCUGGAGGGACUGAUUCUUUUGUUUUAGUCUGGAUUUUGGACACUCUAGAGUGAAUGGAAGUUUUGUAUAAUCUUAGACAUUAUUAUCUUAUAUAAAUCGUUCUUAUGUUAUUUAUUAUUUCUAAGCAUUUCAUUCUUAGAAUAAAAAAUACCCUUCUUCACAUGGAGUGUCCAGUAUAUAUAGUUUCUACUGUAUAUUUUUGUUUACAUUGUAAUUAUCUU